GGACAAAUAUUUGCAUUACAAAACAAUCUUCCGCAUAUAGGAAUGGCAGGGUAUGCACCCAAAAGAUUCUCAGGUAGAGCAGAUGAAGAUAUAGAUGAAUUCAUAAAAGAUUACAGACUCUAUCUUACGGCGGCCAACAUCACUACUGCUAAUGCAGGUGGUAAACAGAGAGCUUUAGAACUAUUUCGGUCAUGCAUGACAGAUGAGGCAUCACGCUGGGUCGAAGAUAAACUCAUAGGUAAAAAAUGGCGAUUAAAUCAUGUAAGAUGUGGAAAUGCUUUAGCAAAUAUGGCCGCCGUAGUGGUCUUGAAUAAUGCUAACAUAACGGCCACCAUGAUCAAUGCACCAGAUGGUACUCCAGUACCAGCAUUACCGGGUGGAGCUACUGACGCUACAGUUAUUCCAACACAUAAUGUUCAUACGGAUGAGGAUUGGUCUCUUGCUGGAGGGUGUCUUGUAGACGCUGGUACGGCAACUAAUGCACCGAAUGGAGCUUUAAAUAAUAAUAACCAUAUAGUUCUUCCUGAUAUCAAUAUUAAGCAACAGGAAUUGAUCUUUGGUACUUUGACUCAAGGAUCUGAUUCAGUUAGAAAUUACUAUAGAAAGAUAAAUAAAUAUGCUAACUGGGCUCGAAUAUCUGAUCGUGAAAAAAGAAUACAAUUUAUACGUGGUUUGUCUCCUGAAAACAAGUUGGAAAUGAAACGACUGGGUUUAAACAGACCUUUAAAUGAUGAAUUGAUUGAAACAUUAGAAGAGAUUGAAACGGAAAGGAAUAAUUUGCUUUUGGGUGAAGAUAUUUAUAACCAGCCGGCUACUAAGACAAAACCAAAAGCGUCUUCUCACCAGGGUAUUACUACAGAAGAUGUUGAUAGAAUUGUAAAUAGCAGGAUUCAGGCGUUACAACAAUCAGCGCCAAAUCUAUCACCGGUAUCUUCUUCUGGCCAGAAAAAUAUCACUAAGGCUGAUUUACAAGAAGCCAUAGCUAAAUCCUUUCAAGAGACUAUGUCUCGAGCAACUAAGACUCUAGGUAAUAGUAAAAAAUCAGCUAAUAAGAGAGCAGAAAACCUUAUGAUUAGACGUUUUUUAAGUGAUCUAAUGAGAGAGAAAGGUAAUGUAGCUCCUGGUGAUGAUUAUAAUUAUGACCCUGUGGAUGAUAUUACUGAUGAGGAAACUAUUCGUAAAGUCCUUCAUAGUGAGCUUAAACUAAUUUUUCCUCCACAUUUUUUCCAAGAUUCCAGUCUCAUUGUAUCUGAAACGAUAGUAUCUCAAAAUGACAGUUCAUCAUCUUCCAAUGAUUUAAUUUCAGAUGACAAAUAUGUUAUGCGAGAUGUCUAUGGUGGAGUUUUGAUAAAGACCCUGGCCGAAAUCUCAGGUAAGUCAGAACUUCGAAUGGAUUUGGGCUGGUCCUGGAGUGACCGCUUCGUCCUAGCCGAAGGCGCUAAAGCAAAGGGACCAUCUAAAGAUCCUGAAAUUGGAUGA